AUGGACACGGAGGCUGCCCUGCCAGGGCUCUGUACCUCACUGAGUGUAUGUGAAGUUGGGGACGUGGGCCUGCGGGAGAGAGAGCUGGAUGUGGUGAGCUGCCAUGUGGUGGGUGACACCCUUCAGUUCUUGGUCAGCGCCAGGCCUGCCUCAGCCGCAGGCUCAGAACACCAGCUGUACGAUGUGCAGCUCACCCCACUUCAUUUACAGCUGGAGUUCCACGUGAAAGAAAAAAGACAGGACAUCCAGAUUAGAUGGUCCUUCAUCCAUGUGCCAGAAACCGCCAUCAAGGUCCAGCCCCGAGCACUGGUGGAGGCCCAGGGCGCUGAGACAACUGUAAUAUCUGACACUCUCCAGGACAUCUUGAAGCACCUGGUUAGUUCUGCCUCUCCGUCGGUGGUUCUGAGCACCAGACCUGUGGAUGUAAAGGAAGCUCAGAAUCUACAGCGCACUUCAUCUACUGCUCAGGAAUCCUGCCCGCCGAAACCUCCAAGGGCUCAUGAACGAAAACUCCAGGUGAAGAACAUCCGAGUCUCUCUGCUCAGCAAUCCUGGUGCUUUAGGCAGCAUUAAUCCAGUGUGCACCGCCCAGCUGAACGAUCCUGCUCAGAGCUUCACCAGCACCCUAGCAAAAAACACUACUGAUCUCACCUGGGAAGAAGAAUUCACCUUUGAGCUGAGUGCCAAGUCCAAAGAGUUGCACCUGCGGAUCUCAGAGGACGGGCAGUCCUCGGAAGGUCUGUUGGCGAUGACAUUGGUUCCACUGGACUUGUUUAGGAAGCAGCCUUCUGGCCCACAGAGCUUCACGCUGACCAGUGGACCCACCUCCAGCAGCUCGGUUCUGGGCUCAGUCACUGCAGAGUUUUCUUACAUAGAGCCUGGUGAGUUGAAGUCCUGGCCAGCCCCUCCCCCUGUUCCUGCUGCAAAGAUAGAAAGGGACCGCACCGUGAUGCCAUGUGGGACCGUGGUCACUACUGUCACUGCUGUGAAGACCAAGCCUCGCUUUGAUGUGGGGAGGGCGUCCCCGCUGAGCUCAGCAGAGUCUCCUGUGAAGACACCUGUCAAGGUGAAGGUCAUUGAGAAGGAUAUCUCUGUCCAGGCCAUCUCGUGCCACAGUGCGCCUGUCAGCAAAACUCUCUCUUCUUCAGAUACAGAAUUGUUGGUGUUGAACAGCUCAGAUCCAGUGGCUGAAGUCGCUAUUCGACAGCUCAGUGAAUCUUCCAAGCUGAAACUCAAGUCACCACGGAAGAAAAGCACUAUCAUAAUUUCAGGGAUCUCCAAGACCUCACUAUCUCAGGACCACGAAGCUGCCUUCAUGCUGGACUAUGCAGCCUCCAUGGACAGUGCUCACAAGGAGGAUGACCUGCCUGUCCCAUCUGCCCCAUCCCCCCCAGAGGCAGCAGCUUCUGCCCUGCCUGUGGAAGAUGAGCCAGCCUGGGCCCCACCUGUCCUGGAGCCCCAGGAAAAUGAACUGGAUCCCUGGGACCUGGAGAAGGAGUCUCAGGCAGCAGCAUGGAGUGGCCCAGCCCUGCUGGAGGUCGACGUGGACGAGCUGUCAGAGAGCUCCCUGAGUGCGUCGGAGCUGGGCACCAUUAAGAAGCAUAAAGGUACCUAUUCCUGAGCCCAGGGUCUCCCUUGGUGGGCUCCU